ACGGGCACACUAAAAGCUGCUGUGGAAAAACUCAUGCACAAUAGAAAAUAGAAAACCGAAGAUUUCCACAACAAAACCGUAAUUCAGCGCCCCAAAAACCCCACUAGCAUGUGCAGGAUAGCCCUCGUGAUUGAAAAUUAAACGAAACCAGAGGAAAAACGGGAGAGCAGCGACGAGAAAAGGCAACUUUAUUUGCACUCUAUAGAUAGCAUCCAAGGAGAACCACAAAAGGCGAAACCAAAAUGGGAAAUGAAACAUCACUGCCCAUGGAAAUGUGUUCCAAUUUCGACGCCGAUGAGAUCCGGCGGUUGGGCAAACGUUUCCGGAAACUGGACCUGGACAACUCGGGAGCGCUGAGCGUGGACGAGUUCAUGUCGCUGCCGGAGCUGCAACAGAAUCCCCUCGUGCAGCGCGUGAUCGACAUUUUCGACGCGGACGGCAACGGCGAGGUGGACUUCAAGGAGUUCAUCCAGGGCGUGUCACAGUUCAGCGUCAAGGGCGACAAGCUGUCGAAGCUGCGCUUUGCCUUUCGCAUCUACGACAUGGACAAUGAUGGCUAUAUAUCCAACGGCGAACUGUUUCAGGUGUUAAAAAUGAUGGUGGGCAACAAUCUGAAGGAUACGCAAUUGCAGCAGAUUGUGGACAAGACGAUCGGUUUCGCGGAUAAGGAUGAGGACGGAAAGAUCUCGUUCGAUGAGUUCUGCUCGGUGGUCGGCAACACGGACAUUCACAAGAAGAUGGUUGUCGAUGUCUAAAAUAGGUUUACCGCAGAUCCUUUUUAUACGCGAUUUUAUUUAUUCUUUUGUACAUGCAUCGAUGCAUCCCUCGAUUGUCACUAUCACUAUCACUAUGAUUAUGGUUAUUAUUUUUGAUCAGCGAUUCUCUAGUUGAAUAUUGUUAUAAGCCGUUAGCGAGCCAGUUCAGAGUCAGUCAGUCAGUCAGUAAAGCGAUCGAACGCUUGGGGAGCAAAUCGCGAAAACAAUGUUGUUAUCCUAAGUUGAAAAGUGGAAUAAUGCGCCUCCUACUUACUUCUUAAAUAUAUACAUCUAUAUACAUAUAUAUAUACAUGCAUAUAUAUAGUCAUAAUUUAUUAUACAAAUAUACAUUUAAUGAAUUCAAAAAACCCUAGAAGCAAAACUAAACUGAAAACGGGAACCAACUGCAUGCAAAGUGAAGGCAAAUAAAGCAAACCAAGUUGAACCAAU